GAUGGGCGUCAUCUGAGUGCGCCUUCCUCGCAAGGUCGCCGGGCGUUGGGCAGGAGUUCGAGGCGAAGGGGCGGCAUGGCGGGCUACACCGCGGACGAGAAGCAGCGGCUGGAGCAGUUGCGGGCCCUGCGAAGGAAAUGGCUGAAAGAUCAGGAGCUGAGCUUCCGCGAGCCCGUCCUGCCCCCGGAGAAGCUCUCGCCCUUGGGGAGGUUCUGGAAGAACUUCCUCCAGCCCCAAACCCUCCCGAGGAUUUACACCUAUAAGGCAUACAAAGGUGGUGUCUUUUUUCUAACUCAUAUUCUUGUACCGCUCUGGAUUACCCACUAUUAUCUCAAAUACCAUGUGCAAACAAGACCAUAUGGCAUCGUUGAAAGGAAGCCCAGAAUAUUCCCAGGUGAUACAAUUAUGGAGACGGGAGAAGUAGUUCCACCAAUGAGAGAAUUUUCCAGUGAACAUCACUAAAAGGCUUAUGAAGCUAUAUUGUAUUUAUCAGUGGAUCUACAGGCAGCAAUUUCUGGGAAAGUAACUUAAUAAAGCUUUCUCUCGUGUUCUUUG